UACGUAUUUACGCAGUACGUAAACACCAGACGGCAGGCGUUGCUCAUUGGCCAUUGCUCGUUCCACAUUUCCCGCGGCGCGAACGGUGCCGAGUUAACGUCGUCCCACGGUCAGUCUGCGGCCAUCGCGUGUGUAUUUGAUUCUUUUCUCGUCGUCAAACGUUAAACAUUAAUAAAUGUUAUUGUCGCCGUCCGCUUGUUGGAAGAUUUCAUAAGAUUACCAUACGCGUCUGCACUAUUACUAUAGUGCUAAUACUACGACUACUACUAUUACUACUGCUACGACACGAUGCAAACUCAACAACCUCCUAUUAACUCAACAUUUAAACUAAUUGAGCGUCGUAAGAAUGAGUGGCGUUGCCUACUCUGUUGUCAUGUCAGAACAGGAACCAUUUUUCUUGGAUUAUGGCAUUUGAUGUUACAAUUACUGGCGAUAAGUACACUCGGAGUGUUUUUGCGACACCCAGAAUUAUUAAAACCUGUUCAGAUAACAAGAACUUCAAUAGAACAUAAUGAAUUACCUACUGCUUUAGCUGAACGUAAUAUUCCAACUUUAAAUAAUUAUGCUUCUACUGAUAGCUCUUCUGCAUUAUCAAACUAUGAUCAAGAUGAUAUGGUUGAACCUACAAUUGGAAGUUCAGGAAAUCAACAAUAUUCAUUUGGAAUGUUCAUGGGUCGUCCAUUCAAAUUGGAUGAUUUAAAUUAUGGAGCGUUUGUAAUACUUUUCACAUUAAUUAUUACUAUUUUCAUGAUUUAUGGUGCCAUAAAAGGAAAACCUAAGAUGUUAAUUCCAUUCUUUUGUAUGCAAUUGUUUGAUUUAUUUGUGACUAUUUUGUCAGCUUUUGGAUACUUAUGUUAUUUGCCAGACUUCCAUCGUCUCAUGAUCCGCACCGAUUCUGAAUAUAUGUCUAGUAGUAUUGCAACGAUAAAUCCACGCUUAAUAUCAUUUAUAGUCGUUUUUUCUUUGUGUGUUUCAAUAAUAUCUAAGGGGUACUUUGUUGGUGUAGUUUGGAGUUGUUAUAAGUAUCUGACUUUAAAAAGAAGUUCAGCUCAACCAACUAUUCAUUAUAUAGAAUCAAACUUUGUUGUUCAGAAUCUUUUACGUCCGGACUAUGAUUUUAACGUGAAAAAGUUUCCUUCUCCACCACCUUCUUACGCUGUUGCUGUUGGAGAAGAUAAUGCUACCCAUCCAGAUGUACCUCCACCAUCAUACAAUACUAUUAAUUAGAGAAUAAUUCAGGAAGAUGAUAUUACUUAUAGUUUUACAACAUGUCUUUAAAUUAUUUAACAUUUGAGUGUAAAAAAAUACAUUUAUAAUAUAUUACUUAUCAGCAUAAAAUUACUAUAAACUAGUCCCCUUGGAAAGACUGGAAGUGAUUUGUUAUGGAAAUCAAUUGGUAAGAACGCUAAAUCAAAUGUUAAACUAAUCUUAUUCAUAUAUAAAAAUACAAUUUAUUGUUACUUUUAUUCCUGUUGUAUAAAUUUAUUUAAAAUUUUAUGUAUUUUUUUUUAUAUUAUGGUGCAAGUGUUAGUUAAUCUUCUUAAGUGUAUUUGUCUUAUUAUU